AUGGAUCUUAACAAGCUACCACCAGAUUUGGAUGAAGAUUUCUUGGAUGCAUUUGAUUUUGAUUAUAUGACCAGCAACCCUACCUUGUGCACUCAAGUGUCCACAAAUCUUGAAGUUCCUCAACCUAACGAUGAGCAUGUGAACCAGCAGAGUUUGCCUAGUAUUUCUAAAGAUGGUCAAGCUGGAUUAGCAGAGAGAGAUCCUGCAGUUUCAGAAGAGGUUCUUCCUACCAUUUGUGAGAUCAGAUUGUCAUUUGAACAUGCAAGAAUAGAGGACAGGAAUGAAGAUUCUACUACUAAUCCCAUAGUUGCUGAAGUAGUAGAAGAGGAGGAAGAGGUGUGGUCUACACCUGAAAUGCCACACAAUGGGAUGUCUUUUGCAACCUUGGACGAAGCAAAGGAGUACUACAACUCGUAUGCAAAGGGAACUGGCUUCUCGAUUAGAACAAACAUGUCACGUCAGUCCGCAAUCACAAGAGAAAAACAAAAGGUGCAGUUUGUGUGCAACAAAGAAGGCUUUGGCAGGAAAAGGAGAGUUGCUGCUCAGCUUGUUGAUGCAAUCACUUGCUACUCUAACAAUGAUGAAGUCGAAGAAGAGGAUACUGCACAAGAAGAAGAGGAUGAGCAAGUAGAGAAGAGGAAGAAGCUUGAUGGAUGUAAGAAAAGGAAGAGGGAGAAAAUGGUAUAUACAACUGCAAGGCGAGGAUGGUAG